GACGCGGAGUGGGGGGAAGUCUGAGAGCCGGGGACGUCCGUCAGGGCGGGGGACAGCCGCCCGAGUCUGCGGCUGGGAGACGGGACUGGGGUCGGGGGAAGCUCCGGGAAGGGGCCCAGGAGGGGUGGCGUUGGGCAGAGCCCGGGAAAGAGCCCGGAGGCUCUCCACCGGGUUGCCUGCUGAAGGCGCCUGAAGAGGUUCCUGGAAGAGGAUGUUUCUCCUUUAGGGUGUUCUUGACCCGAGGAGGUUCUUGGGGGUCGCCUUUCUGAGGAGGCCGCGGCUAAAGGGGCCCAGGUGAGAGGCAGAAGUGCUGCUGGAUGACCAGGAUUCCCUGUAAUUGAUAAUGUUGGAGAUCAACUCAGCAACUUUUUUCAGCAUUCAGUUGUUAAAAACAAAUAGGAUGCAAGUUCCUCAACUCCAGAUUAUGAAAACCAAACUUGGAAAACUGAAAACUAUCUAAAUGAUUGUCUUUGGUUGGGCCGUGUUCUUAGCAAGCAGAAGCCUUGGCCAGGGUCUGCUAUUGACUCUCGAGGAGCACAUAGCCCACUUCCUGGGCACUCGAGGUGCCACUGCUGCCAUGGGUAACUCCUGUAUCUGCCGAGAUGACAGUGGAGCAGAAGAUAGUGUUGACAUCCAGCAGCAACAGGCUGAGAACAGUGCAGUACCCACUGCUGACAUGAGGAGCCAACCCCGGGACCCUGUUCGGCCACCAAGGAGGGGCCGAGGACCACAUGAGCCAAGGAGAAAGAAACAAAAUGUAGAUGGGCUAGUGCUGGACACACUGGCAGUCAUACGGACUCUUGUAGAUAAUGAUCAGGAACCUCCAUAUUCGAUGAUUACAUUGCACGAAAUGGCAGAAACAGAUGAAGGAUGGUUGGAUGUUGUCCAGUCUUUAAUUAGAGUUAUUCCAUUGGAAGAUCCUUUGGGACCAGCUGUUAUAACAUUGUUAUUAGAUGAAUGUCCAUUGCCCACUAAAGAUGCACUCCAGAAAUUGACAGAAAUUCUCAAUUUAAAUGGAGAAGUAGCUUGCCAGGACUCAGGUCAUCCUGCCAAACACAGGAACACAUCUGCCGUCCUGGGCUGCUUGGCUGAGAAGCUAGCAGGUCCUGCAAGUAUAGGUUUACUUAGCCCAGGAAUACUGGAAUAUUUGCUACAGUGUCUGAGUCUGCCAAAUGGUAGUAAGGACCUCCCCAGUGGAAACAAAAUUACAUGGCAUUCCAAGCCAGGAAACCAUCAGAAGUUACAGUCCCACCCCACAGUCAUGCUUUUUGCACUUAUCGCACUGGAAAAGUUUGCACAGACAAGUGAAAAUAAAUUGACUAUCUCUGAAUCCAGUAUUAGUGACCGGCUUGUCAUGUUGGAGUCCUGGGCUGACGAUCCUGAUUAUCUGAAACGUCAAGUUGGUUUCUGUGCCCAGUGGAGCUUAGACAAUCUCUUUUUAAAAGAAGGUAGGCAGCUGACCUAUGAGAAAGUGGACUUGAACAGCAUUAGGGCCAUGCUGAAUAGCAACGAUGUCAGCGAGUACCUGAAGAUCUCACCGCAUGGCUUGGAGGCUCGCUGUGAUGCCUCCUCUUUUGAAAGCGUGCGUUGCACCUUCUGUGUGGAUGCUGGGGUGUGGUACUACGAAGUCACAGUGGUCACUUCUGGCGUCAUGCAGAUUGGCUGGGCCACACGAGACAGCAAGUUUCUCAAUCACGAAGGCUAUGGCAUUGGGGACGAUGAAUACUCCUGUGCAUACGAUGGCUGCCGGCAGCUAAUUUGGUACAAUGCUAGAAGUAAGCCUCACCUACACCCAUGCUGGAAAGAAGGAGAUACGGUAGGAUUUCUGUUAGACUUGAAUGAAAAGCAAAUGAUCUUCUUUCUAAAUGGCAGCCAGCUGCCUCCUGAGAAGCAAGUCUUUUCAUCUACUGUAUCUGGAUUUUUUGCUGCAGCUAGUUUCAUGUCAUAUCAACAAUGUGAGUUCAAUUUUGGAGCAAAACCAUUCAAAUAUCCACCAUCUAUGAAAUUUAGCACUUUUAAUGAUUACGCCUUCCUAACAGCUGAAGAGAAAAUCAUCUUGCCAAGGCACAGGCGUCUUGCUCUGUUGAAGCAAGUCAGCAUCCGGGAAAACUGCUGCUCCCUGUGUUGCGAUGAGGUAGCAGACACACAAUUGAAGCCAUGUGGACACAGUGACCUGUGCAUGGAUUGUGCCUUGCAACUGGAGACCUGCCCAUUGUGUCGUAAAGAAAUAGUGUCUAGAGUCAGACAGAUUUCUCAUAUAUCAUGACACACAUGAAGAGGCAUCAUGGACUUAUUUCUACUCAGUUCCAGCCAAUGUUGAAAAGAAAAACAGAAAAAAAAAAAAAACCAUCUCUAAUCAGUUGUAUGCACAUUGAAACUUAUAGCCAUGGCCAGAUUUUAUGCUAAAAAAUGGUAGUUUGUCAAGGACAAAAUUCUCUUAGAAUCUAACCCAACUUGCCAGCCCUGAGAAAUUCCUUUUAAGGCCAAGGAAAGCUGAAUGCUAACAAGCUAGGCCUGCGGUAUCCUCCAUGAAAAACAGUAGGGGACAGUCAGCGCCCUCCUGAGAGCUGAAACCACACCGGAAUUUUCCAUGUUGGGUUCAUCUGAUUGUUUAGCAUAGGAGGUUUUGUCUCAUUUUCUAAAGUUUUAUUUUGGACAGACGUCAUUAUGGAGAAGUUUAAAUGACAGCAUUUCUGGGUUAAAUAUAAAUUCCCAUUGGUCAGAGAUACUGGUGUGUUAAGCGCAGAUAUUGCACUGCAAGACUUGAAUCUAUAAAACUGGGAUCACACAGGUCAAUACUACAAGCAACAUGGAGGGCCUGAAAGAAGGUGCACAGACUGUAGAAAAAAACCCAAAUUUUUGAUAUUUCACUGAUUCCAAAGAACAUUCUAGUUUUUUUUAACUGCAGAAAAUUGCUGGUAUUUUCACAUUCAUGGUAUUUCUAUCCAAUUUCAGUACCCACAUUUUGUGAGGAAAAAAUGUUUUAACAAUGCAGGAGGAGUUCUUAAAUUAAUUGCUAUGUUUGGAGAAAAUUUGGUAUUUAGGGUAUUUUUAAGGUACCAUCAAAUCAGGUUUUUUGUUUUUUGUUUAAAAAAAUUUUUUUUAAUCAGUAUUGUUCUUGGAAGUAAUAUACUUUGAAACUCUUGAACUCUAAUAGUGUCAUAAACUCUUAGAGGACAGUCUGAGAGCACGUAUUCGUAUUGUUUUAAAUAAAUACAUGUUUUGAAUAGUAAAUUCAAUCAUGGAUUAUUGACUAUGUCUUCAUCAAAAGUGUUAAUCCCUCUCAGGGUCUCUGGUGAAGACCUUCAAGAGUUUUGUUUUUUUCUCCCAGAAAAUUGGAAGGUAGAAUUGUAAAUUCAUAGAACUUAUUUUAUAAUGGUGUACCUCAGCAGCUGCCUUUCAAUUUAUGCCAAGUCCUUACUGAGUUUAUACUUGAAUAGUAAAUAUGUCUUCUGAGUUUUACAGUGUCUUAAACUCAAUGCACAUUUUUUCUUCCUUUCCCACCCUUCCUUGUUUGUAGUUCAUUAAACUGUCCUAUCACAGAGCUGAUUUCCUUCCUGGCCGUACUUGUUGGGGUGCUGGACUUUUUCCAUGUCUUUAGUCUUCCAUAAAAUUCAAAAAUAUAUAUAAAUAUAUAUAUAUAUGUUCUCUAGCUUGUGGUGAAUACAGUAAUUUGCAUUGAAGAAAUAAAUUGCCUUUUUUGACUAAGA